AUGGGCUUGUGCAAGUGUGAACGAAGGCGAGUAACGAAUCUGUUUUGUUUUGAACACCGGGUUAACGUAUGCGAAUUUUGUUUGGUGGCAAAUCAUAAUAAGUGCAUUGUUAAAUCUUAUCUAAGGUGGAUAAAAGACAGUGAUUUCAACCCAUCAUGUUGCAUAUGCCACGAACCCUUCGAGGCUGAUUCUUCCAAGAAAUGUGUUCGUCUGGUGUGUUUAGAUAUUUUCCACUGGGAUUGUCUGAACAAGUACGUGUUGAGCCUUCCACCUACGACAACCCCUGCCGGUUUUUUGUGUCCACUGUGUGGUCAUCCAAUUAUUCCUCAGGCGAACCAUGGCGGACCUGUCGCGGAAGCACUUCGGACGUGUCUUAGUGAAGUUGAUUGGGCAAAAGGAAGCCUGAAUGAAAUAAGGACCCACUUCGCCUUCGAAUCAUACCAGAAUUCCACUCCAUCGCCUUCAAGUUUGUGCAUCCCCGUUCAUAAUGCAAUGGAUGGUAAACUCUUCGAUCCACUUUUAGAUUUAGCAGCCAAACAAUUUCUUAAAGGUCGUGAUGUGACAGAUAUUUUGGAAACGGCUCAGAAAACGCCGGAAAACCGGAUAGAUACUUCAUCAAGUGACACUAAUAUGUAUAGAAAUAAAUCCCAGACGCACUACCAACUCAGAGAAGAACCUUUAUUGUCUUCUUCAAGUCUGUUUUUAUCCUCAGAAAAUGAUGAUAAUGAUAAAUAUAAGCGACACCGGACGUUAAUGUGGUUUAAACGCUUUCUGAGGGGAUAUUCACAAAAGUUUCCACGUCUCUCAGUUAUUCGCCGACAUCGUACUGUUAUACUAAUUAUGGCCUGUAUUAUCUUCAUAUUUCUACUUGGCUUUUAUGGUUCACAGCCGAAAGAUAUUAUUGGUGACCGUUGUUGGAUCCACAUAUGA